UGUGUGUGUGUGUGUCAGAGUGGGUGUAGGAUAGAGGGGUGAAAGAGUUGCUUGGUUGGAAGCUCUUAUAACACAAAUGAGUUUCAAUUUCAGUUAGUUGUUAUAAAGUUUUUUACACGUAAAGUUAGAGUUUUAGAUGCUGGAAGGACUGGGUUAACACAAGUUACUGGAUCGCCUAAGGACUUUUGAAAACUGGGGGAACAAAUUUCCUGUCUGACCUGCCAAGAGAUUAUAAAAAGUCUGGUGGACCCAUGGUGGAAUUAGAUCUGUGCUGGUAGGUGAGAACAGGAUGUCGACGCUAUCAUCAGAAAACAGCCCUGAAGAUGUCAACAAUCGCAGCUUCUGGAUGCCUGGGAACUAUCAGCGCACUGUGAAGCGAACAGAAGAUGCCUUCCAGGCCUGUAAUGACAUAGUGGCGUGUUUCCAAGAGAGAGCUCGCGUGGAGCGGCAGUACGCCCAGCAACUCAGUGAAUGGAGCAACAAGUGGAAACCAGUCGUGGACUCCAGUCCUCUAUAUGGAUCACUUCUGAAGGCUUGGCAGUGUUUUCUGUCCUCUGCUGACCGGCUGGCCUCCUUACAUGCCUCCAUUUGUCGCUCCCUUGUGUCGGAAGAUGGAGAUCGGGUCAGGACCUGGCAGAAGGACACCUUCCACAAGAAGUUAUUCGGGGGCUUUAAGGAGUCCCAGGACACUGAGACAGGCUUUAUACGUGCUCAGAAGCCGUGGGCCAAACGACUUAAAAAGCUUGAUAAAGCCAGGAGUGCGUACCACAAAGUGAGCCGUAAGGAGCAGGCAGCCAGGGAGCGAGAGGCACACGCUCAGGGAAACCCAGACGUUGCCAUCGACAAACAGAAGAAGAUCCAGGAGGAGAGAGAGCUGGUUCAACAGGAGGCCGAAAAGGUUCGUGCCCGCUAUGAGAAAGUCCUUGAGGAGGUGAACCGCUACGCUCCACGCUACAUGGAGGAGAUGGAGUCCAUCUUUGACCAAUCGCAGGACGAGGAGCGCAAGAGGAUUGUCUUCCUCAAACAGGCCUUUCUCUCCAUCCACAAACACCUGGACAUUACCAACAAUGAGAGUGUGAGGGCCGUGUACGAUGAGCUCCACAACACGCUGAUGGCCAUCGAUGAGCAUGAGGACCUUCGCUGGUGGAAAAACACCCACGGGCCCGGCAUGCCCACCGACUGGCCUCACUUCCAGGAAUGGACGCCCGAGAAGAAAAACAAAAAAGGGAAGAAGGAAGUAGAAAAGAAAGGAACAAUAGAGAGGAGUGUGAUGAUUGGAGGAGUGAAAGUAAGAGCUCUGUAUGAUUAUGUUGGCCAGGAGACAGAUGAGCUGUCAUUUAAAGCAGGUGAGGAGUUUUUGAAGAUCGAGGAUGAGGACGAUCAAGGCUGGUGUCGGGGGAUGAAGGACGAUGGAUGGGAGGGGCUUUACCCAGCCAACUAUGUCGAGGUGGUGUAGUUGACGCAUUUAGACCGAAAAAUGAAAGAUCUUGUCACAUCACAUGCUUUAUUUCACUGUGUGAAGUCACAACCUGGUUAAAUGUCUAAAUGCCAGAAACAUAAAAUCAAUGCUGUAAAGAAUAACACCAAGUAGCUGUUAGCCAAAGAAGGUCUGUGAGGAGGGGACGAUUGCCCUUAGGUGGAUAUUUUAGCAUAGAGAGAUUUUGAAAAACUACCCAGUUUGUGUACUCUCUUGAAGGAUUUUGACAAAUGUUUUAAUAUAUACAGUAUGCAUAGACCACUUGUAUUGAAACCAUAUGAUAAACGAUGCUUUAAUGUAAAAAAGGUAUAAAAUGCUGCUUGUAAGGUACGCUAGCUAUAUACCUAAUCAUUUGGUGCUGAAAUUACAGGACUGCUAUUUUAUGAGCUGCUUUUUCUUUUGUCUUUUUUUUUUGCACCUCAACACAUUGCUAUUAAAAUGCUCACAAAGACUCUCAACAUAUGAAGAAAGUGACGCUAACACUGUGAUUAUAAUGAAUCCUAAGCAGCCGUACAAGCAGAAUCAGUCUGAUAGUUGUAGAUAGUUACAUGGCCUGUAUUUCUCUUCUGUUUUUGUGAUUUAAAGGAACAGUUCAAGAGUUUUGGGGGAAUAUGGUUGUUAGCUGUCAAAUAAGCAGUGAGAUGGGAGGAUUGACGCUGUCAUUAUCAGUUUCAUCUCGGCAGGAGAAAACCGCUAGCGGAGCAGCAUCAGCACACAUUCCAGGAACUCUGUCUUAUGUUGUAUCUCAUUUACUUAAAGCAGCUAUAAUCAGUAUUUUUAUAUUAAAAAAACAGUAGCUGACCCGGUGACUGCACACAACAUCUCAGUCAUCCUUGUGAAAACAAAAUUCUGAUGACUAUUAUUUAUUAUGACUAACCCUAACCCUUAUGGCCACAGAAUAUACUGAUUGGCUGGCAGGUGCCUGUCAUAAUCUUAUAUUGGAAACCUCCCAAAAUACUCAAUAUCAGGAGGUAAUUGUGAAUAUACUAUACUUUUUGUAAAUGCAACAUCACAAACAUUAAAAAUGAAUACAAAUUGAAACAUAACUUUUUUUUCAUUUGGUAAGAGAGAGGUACUGAUAUAAAGAAUAAUGGACUAAUGGAAACAGUACCCCACUUGAAGUUGUUGUGCAUUAUCACUUACAUUAUGUGUAAAUAAGACAGCUUUGGAUUCGUUGUCCAUUAAUUGCUGGUUGGUGGUUCAGUCCUGCUCCGAACCUCAAAAUUGCUGCUGAUAGCCAGGCCAAUGCCUACAUGGCCAUCAAACUGUGUCAGUGGGUGAAUGUAAAGCAUUUUGUCAGCUGACCUAUCAAAAGUCCAAUCCAUAUUUUCCAGUUUUGGUGGAGCGAGGCUAGGAGUUUCCCCCUGUUUCCAGUCUUUGUACCAUUAUAAGAUCUACUUCUAAGAUCUAACUUCUUCUUCUAACUAAGAUCAUCUAAUCAUCAAGAUGAUUUUGACAAACAGGUCCCAGGUCUAAACAUGUCACGGUCAUAAAGCUAUGGCGACACAAACACUCAGAGAUGAAACUGAUAUUGUUCUCCUUCAUCAGAUUCUCAGUUUGACGUCAAACAUUAACAUUUCUUAGCAUGUCACUGUUCCUUUAAAAUAAGUACCGGGGAACAAAUAGUUUUCCUGUCUGUCUGUAAUAUCUAAUCAUCUGUUGCUAUACUGUAUGUGUGAUGGUUAUCAUGGAGAGCACCUUUACCAAAGUAAGGAAACGGCUUUCAGAAACCGCUGGGUUUGCCUUGCCCUUGUCCUUCUUCAGUAUCUGUGUAUGUGCUGUUUGUGUCUAUCUGUCAUGUAAAAACUAUGCAUUCACCCCCAAAAAUAUUUUUUUGCAAACUGCCUGUCUUUUGGAAAUAAAAUUUGAAACUGUUACACAAACAAAA